AUGCAUGCGGAGAAACGUCAGGCUGCGGGCAUCGAUUACUCUGGUGCCGCGGAAAAGACUGACCCGAGGGAGAUCAAGCUCGUGAAGAAGCUUGAUUGGUAUAUCAUGCCAACGUUGUGGUUGAUGUAUUGGCUCAACUACCUCGAUCGCAACGCCAUUGCCCUCGCACGUCUCAGCUCGCUCGAGGACGACACCAAGCUUGAAGGAAGCCAGUACCAAACCUGCGUGUCGAUUCUCUUCGUCGGAUACAUCCUCGGACAAGUGCCAUCCAACAUGUUGAUCACGCGAGUGCGACCGAGUUAUUACAUGUCUUCGUGCAUGGUUCUCUGGGCGAUCGUCUCUGGUCUUACCGCUCUCUCACACAACUUCACCGGCUUGCUGCUUACAAGAUUCUUUCUCGGUGUCGUCGAAGCUCCGUACUAUCCAGGUGCACUGUACAUUCUUGGGAUCUUCUACACGCGCAAGGAGAUCGCGACUCGAAUCUCAAUCCUCUACACCGGGAAUAUCUUGGCUACUGCCUUCGCGGGUCUCAUCGCAGCCGGGAUUUUCGAGAUGCAUGGAAUGGGGGGCCUUGCGGGAUGGCAGUGGCUCUUCAUCAUCCAAGGCGCAGCGACUUUUGUUGUUGCGUUCGGUUCGGGCUUCAUCCUGCCAGACGACCCGCUUCGCACACGCUGGCUCACACCGGAAGAACGUGAGCUCGCCAACAGCCGUGUCCUGGCUGAUCAGGUCGGCGCAAGAGCUGGGACGUCGAGCUGGGCGGGUCUCAAAGAGGCGGCGAAGGAUCCUAAAAUUUGGCUCUUCGCAUUCAUGCAACACAUGCAUCUCGCCGCCAACGGCUUCAAGAACUUCUUCCCCACCGCCGUCAAAACGCUCGGCUUCACCACAACCGUCACGCUAGUCCUCACCUGCCCCCCAUACAUGAUCGCAGGCGCAAUCUCAAUCGCAUGGUCCUGGUCAUCAGGUCGCUACAACGAGCGAACAUGGCACAUAACCGUCGCCAAAGCCAUCGCAAUCUUCGGUUUCGUCCUCUGCGCCGCCACGCUCAACACCGGCGCUCGAUACUUCGGCAUGGUCGUCUUCGCCAUCGGAACCUACGCCGUCAACUCCAUCAUCCUCGGCUGGGCCAGUGCGACUUGUGGUCAGACCAAGGAGAAGAAGGCUAGUUCUUUGGCUAUUGUUAAUACUAUCGCCAACGUCAGUUUCAUCUGGACGCCAUACCUGUGGCCUGAUUUUGAUGAGCCGCGCUAUGGGAUUGCUAUGGGUGCGAGUGCGGGUUUGUCGAUGCUUUGUGCCGCUGCGGCGUGGGCUAUGAGGGGCUGGUUGAAGAAGAUUAAUAGGAAGAUUCGGCAGAGUGAUGAUGAGAGUAUUUUGGCUUUUGCGUAUUAG